UAAGUAACCUCUAUGGUUAUAGUCACGGUUAAAAUAAAGUGGUACAACCCGUGCAACUCAGCCUAAGCUUGUAAAAGUUUUUCAGGAACAUAUCAAAUGAACGAUAUUGUAAAAGUGGCGGUUAUAAUGUACCUUCAGUUCUAAUAUAGUUUGUUAGCGACCAUAGUAAACUGUGUUCUUUGAUGUGUAUAUUGAUUGAUUUAGGUUCAUCAAUCUUAGCCAUUUAAGUGACUUCGUGUAUAAUUGUUUCCUAUCGACUUUUUAUGUAGGUAGGUACACGAGCACGCACUGCCUAAGAGGGAGGAAGGAACUCGAAGUUUGGCGAAAAAAUGGUUAGAUAAUGUUGGUAAUAUUUGACGAAGUGGUGGCAAGGCGUGGUGGUGGCAGCGUGGUGGAGCGACCAGUCAGUCGUGCGAAGAUGUGGCGGUGGGCGGUACUGUGGCAGACCACCUCGUUGCUGUUGGUCGGAGGAACCCUGGACUUCCGAUAUUUUACCAGUAAACAGCAUUUGCCCUCAACUCAGGCAAACUGUUUCGACUCCUCUAUACUGGUUGACCGACAUGGCAGAGCAGUUCGUGAAGGGUGGCGUCCUAAGCCAAGCAAGAUACAGACUCUCCAACCAACUUCAGCGACGUAUCCCACUUUUCCUUUAUUGAACACCAACGAAAUUAUGGCUCGUAGAAUCGACCGUUUGUUGCCGAACGCUGAAGAUAUUGUCAAAGAGCACGCCAAACUGGUACAAGAUAUCAACAGUCUGCGACAGGUGGUAUUCGUAUCGCCUUUAGUAGAAGAAAACAGGGAUUAUGAUGAGUCUAUACUGCAGGAAAUUAUCGAAAUAUCUACUACUCCAAGACCUUUACCAAAACUGACGAGUUCAAGGGCGCCACCGAAGCCUACCAAGACGAGUUCGAUUCCGAUAAUUUUGCUAGGAGGUGCGAGCCAGCCAGAUGUGGUAAAAACGCAGCCCAUUCGAUUCACUAAACCCAUCAGUUUAGUCGGGAGCUCGAUUUCACCUCUGAUGAAGCAUCCGUAUCCGUUUGUUAUGCACGGGUCAUCAAGUAGACCGUAUAAGUACUGCAUGAAUCCAAUGCACAUGAUGUUCACAACAACCCAGAAGCCAAGUUUGUUACAGCGACUACUGAACUCAAUAUUACCCCGAGGUAGAUAGUACAUUAGUAGAGUCCGAAAUUUUAAUCAAUCAUUGUUUUGUGAUUGGUAUUUACAAAUUGUUAAGUUAUUUGGCGUUAUGGAGACACAGGCGCAUUAAUAUGCUGGCAUGUAAUAAUGCGUAACUGUUUCGCAAUGUUGCGUUUAUAUUAUACGUUUCUCAUAGUUUUUGUAGACUUGUAGAUGGUAAUACGCGACGCGGAAGGCGGUGGUUUCCCGCAGUUGUUUCGCGCGCCUAUUACCCGCGCGUAGUGAUGCGGCGAUAUGCCGCGGGCGCAGAGACGCACGCGCGAUGUCGCUCGCGUGUCAUACUUCUAUCUAAUUACCGGCGCCGAUUAUGUAUUGUCUUUGUUUUUACACUUUAUGCUCAUCGAAAUGGAAAAGUUGAACGCCUUAUGUGUAACUAGCUUUCCGCCCGCGGCUUCGCCCGCGUGGAAUUUUGUCUGUCACAGAAAAACUUUAUCGCGCGCGU